AGGUUUCAGCAAUAAAAGAGGAAGAAUGUAUCGGAAUCCUGGAUAAUUAAAAAAUUUGCCUUGGAUUGCUCGCCUAGUUUAAGCAACAUUGGCAAUGUUUAUGAGUCAGAGAGGACCUAUUGAUUUUUGCUGGUUGGUGACCAGGCAGAUAGCAGUAGUCGGAAUCCUAGACUGUAUUGGCUACAGAAUCACAUGGACGUUAUAUACACACUGACGAUCACAUUGUUACAACCUCUCGAUCUGCCAGCCACGUGCAGCUUCAGAUAACAACACUCCAUCAGAUCAAAUUCUGUCCACAAGUGAUGCUUCCAUAUUACUUCUCUUUUUCGGAUUGGGAAUAAGCCUGCAAAUUUUUUUUUGCUCCUGGAGUCAUUAGGAUUUUUCACACUUGUUCCUGUCAGAAGACCUGAAAAUAAAAUGCUGACAUUGAAUCAUCACAGGAACUGAACAAGUAAAAUGCAUGUGCAUUUUGAGCAGAACAAUUCAACACGAACGGAAUGUACGAUUCACUCCUUGUCAUGGAUGGGAAAAGUACCAGAUGUACCAGACAACAAUGGUGGCUGGAAACUGAACCGGAACCAGUAUUAUAUGGAGGGCUGGCUGGCCAGCGGGAAUGCCAAGGGGGUCGUGGGUGUCACCUUCACCACCAGUCACUGCAAGAAGUACGAUCCACCACCCCGCAGUAAUUUUAACUUGAGAGGACACAAAAGUGAGGUAACACUAGUCCGCUGGAAUGAACCUUACCAGAAACUUGCCACCUGUGAUGUCCAGGGAGCCAUAUUUGUUUGGAUAAAACAUGAAGGGAGAUGGUCCACAGAACUGAUCAAUGACAGAAAUAGCCAGGUGACAGACUUUUCUUGGUCCCAUGAUGGUAGAAUGGCCCUGAUCUGUUACUGUGAUGGUUUUGUCCUGGUUGGGUCAGUGGCAGGACAGAUGUAUUGGUCAUCCAUGCUUAACCUUGACCAGACCACCAUUACCUGUGGAGUGUGGUCUCCCGAUGACCAGCAGGUCCUGUUUGGUACUAUGGAUGGACAGAUCAUUGUACUUAGUUCUACUGGUACCAUGGUAACACAGGUGAUGGUGAUGCAGGGAACUGAGAUUAUCUCCCUUGCCUGGUCCUGUGAAAAGUUCAACAUGGAUGAGUCCUCAAUGGAACAGAAUGAGAACCUGACUGCCCCUCAUGUGUCAACACCUAAAUCUGUGGAUGCCGUUUUGGCGGUGUGCUUUAAGAGUGGUGCCAUAUACCUAAUGUCAAACUUUGAUGACCUACAUCCCAGGAUCAUUUACACCAACCUCAAAGGCUCCAUUAAAUUGGACUGGUCUAACUGUGGUGAGGUGUUAGCUGUUGGGGGAUUCACAAGGUUACCAAACCUUCAGUGCCAAAAUGAGGUUCAUUUUUACACAAAAGAGGGACAACUCCUACAUAGGGUUUAUCUCCCUUGCCAGGGUAAACCUCUGAGUGCUCUAUGCUGGGGCCACAAUGACCGCCGCCUGUUUGUGGCAGCAGGGUUUAACCUCCACGUGGCGUGGGUGAUGAAGAAGGUGCCACCUUUACAGUUCCUCUGCCAGAGGGUCAUACAGAUUUGUAUAAAGAGUGAGAAGUUGAUAGGAAAACUACCUCUACCCAUGAGACUUCAUCAUAGUGUUCAAACCAUGUUCUCACCUACCAUCAAGAGCUACAUCCCCGACCCGUUCAAGCUGCGUGAGUUCAUCUGUUCCCCUCCCCCUGCCAGUGAGCGGCUGUUCUGUACCAUGAUCAGACACGGGGAGGAGACUUCGGGAGGGCACUAUACAAUGUACCUGGAGUACCUAGGGGGACUCAUACCCUUACUGAAAGGGAAGCGGGCCAGCAAGCUCAGGCCUGAUUUUGUCAUCUAUGAUCCCAAGAUAGGAGCAAAAGCGGGAUAUCAUGAGUACCAGAAUACUCUGGAGUUUGACUUUGAAGCCAGCUUAACUGACUCGGAUGAAGAUAUUCCUUCCGAUGGUUGUGGCUCUCCCAGAAUGCAGCGCAAAAAACGGCCCAAAAUUUUCAGAGCGAAGAAAGUGGACAGAUCUAUCACCUUCCGUACACUUGAUGAACUUUUGUACAAUGACAGUCUUCCAGAGAGUAAUAAACUAGUGGAAGUGACCUCGAAUAUCUGGGGGACCAAGUUUAAGCUGACCGGCCUGGCCCCGUUCCUUCCCGAGGAUCUGGGAAAUGUCCUGUAUAAAACUAGUCUCCUGCACCUCCAGCCCAGACAGAUGACCAUCACUAUAACAGCCCUCAGCACAGUGAACCAACCCUUGUCCAGGGAUCCUAACUUUACCCCUGCCGGCCAGUGUGAUGAGGAGUGGGAUAGCAGAUCAUAUGAUGAUUUCUCUGUUGAUCCAGAUGACAUUGGAUUUGAAGAUGGAAUGCUUGUGUCAGAAACAUGUAAUGGUGAUAAUGCUAAUCAACUUACAAGUCAUGUUUUCAUGGAUAUAAAACUAUCCUCAAACUCAACUAAUCAAAAUGAUGAAAAGGUAUUGUGUGAUAUCAGUGGGAAUAUAAGUAGUAAUUAUAAUGUAUUAAAUGGGGAAAGACUUCAUUGGUCUCCAAAUAUGAAAAACAGGACCCUUUCUCCUGCCUCUGAAUCUGUUGCUCAAAACAAUGCCUUCAACACUUUGGACAAUUCACUUAUCAAGGACAAGCUCAUAGGUCAAGGUGCAAUUCCAAAGGUUAGGAGUGUUGCUCAAAAUGGCAGCCAAUCAGAAGUGACUGGGGGAACACCUAAUGGGGAGACUUUGAUUCAAACAAAUAAUUCAUCCUCAAUGAGGACUAGUUUACAUAAUGAAGUGACAAAUAUAAUGAAAGAUGGGGAUGAGAAUCGUUGGGCAGAUUUGGCGAAUCCUGGCAUCAAAUUCAUAGAUGACGAGGGAUUAAACAAUCGAGCCUCUGAAAAUUCAGACAAUAUGGCAGGAAUAAUAUGUGAUUCUAGUCAAUUGACUCCAACCUUCUCUGAUAACCAGAAAAGAUUGUAUUUAGAAACCCUAACGAAUGUGGACUCUGAUGCAAUUAUCUGUGAUCACAGUCCAGAGCCUUCAGAAAUUGGAGAGGAAUCAAACACGAUGUUGGGGUCUUUAGAAGAUGUGCAUAAAGACACGUGUAAAAGUAACAGUGUAUUCUCAGGUGCUUCAUGUUCCAUGUUUCAUUACGAUGAUGAAGUGGUGGAUCCUGCUUCUUUCACUCGCAAAACUUCCAGCUUAGAAAUCUGUCAUAGUGCCUCUCUGCCAAACUCUCCCCUGCACAGGGCUGCUGAUUCUCCCAUGAGAGAUAUAAGAGAAGAAAUCCUCCAGGGCACCUGCAAGCACUAUAGUCCUAUAUUUAAACGGAAAUCCAGACAUUUCAAUCCAAGAAGUUACCAACAUAAGGAAAAUGAUCAGGCCUUUGAGGAUAUUAAGUACUCCCAAAGUUUCAAGAAUUUGGAGACCUUCCAGAAAACACAGCUUAAACAGAAGCUUCAGAAGGUACGGAAAAGAAGUGAGGACAGGGGAAGGUCAAGAUAUCCACACCUUGGGUAUCGCCAGUUUGUCAUGCAUAAUAAGGCUCCUCUGUGGAAUGAGAACAGUCAGGUCUAUCAGCUGGACUUUGGAGGGCGGGUCAGUCAGGAGUCUGCCAAAAAUUUCCAAAUCGAGUUCCGAAGUCGUCAGGUGAUGCAGUUCGGUAGGAUUGGUAGUAAUGCUUACACUUUGGAUUUCCAGUAUCCCUUUACUGCACUCCAAGCUUUUGCCGUGGCGCUAGCUAAUGUGACUCAGCGACUAAAAUAGGAAUCCGACCUUAAAAACCCUAACAGACAGCAGGGUAGGAAUUAACGGGGUGUCCUUUUCCCACGACAGAAAAGGCUCCCGAUUUCUAUAGAUUUGAAUGCAGAUAAAAAAUGUCCCUGUAAUAUUCAUGAAUAUAUUUUAAAUAUAUCUGUACUGUUGUAUUUUUGGAGCUGUGGAAAUAAAAAUGAAUCACAGUUAUAAACAUUUUACUCGUCUUUCAGUUAUUUCAGCUGACUGCAAAUUAUUGUUUGUAUACCUCAUGCUUUUUAUCUCUUACUAAGCAAUUUGAUCUCAUUGCUUUAAUGGUCAUUAUUAAGUCAUAAUUAAAAUCUAACAGCAAAUUGUUCGAAUUAAGUUUAGAAUGCCUUAUUAUAUAUAUUCUGUCUUUAUUUAUUUCUCCACUUUAACUUUGCACCAAAUGUACAUUAAAUUUCUUUGUACAUGAUGAAAAUUAUAUGUAACUUGUACAUUUAUAAAUAAACCUAAUUUCUAAGAACAGCAGAACUUUAAGCACUGUCUCAAUAACCAUUUUUCAUCCUUUGUAACAGUGAUGAAAAUGUU